CUAGCAUUCCCACUAUCAAUUGAAGGAUGGUGCUGCUAACGGUAGAGGUCCAUGGUGAGGACGGGGCGGUGAAGGAGGCCAAGCGGGUGUUCCUCCUCGACACCAAGCCGCUGGCGGCGUCCAUGGCCAAGGCCAAGUUCCUUGACAAGGUCGGCAUAGCCAGCCCCGACGGAUAUACCGUCUUCUACCGACCGGUAGAUUGCAGUGCUGGCGAGGAUGAGCUCGUGAUCGAAGCCCUCGACGAUGUCACCCCCUUUACCCUCAAGCUCAAGAAGUCGCAUGUCCUUGUUCUCCGCCACGGCUCGCCUCCAUCUCUGCCGGCGGCCGCAUCGACCGACGACGCUGGGGGCGAGGAUAAUGCUGGGGAUGGGACCGGUGCAGGAGGCGAGGCCGAGGUUGAUCCUGGCGCCGACGAUGCCAGGUCAGAUGGCGGCGCUGUUCAAGCAGAAGCUGCAACAGAUGGAGAGCCAGGAGCUGAUGAAGCUUCGACAGAGGUGGCCGCGGCGGCUGCGGCAGAAGACGCAACCACAGCCGCGGUCAGAUCUGCGGACGCACCUGCGGCUCCGAUCGAGCCCGAUGGCGAUGGUGAUGCUGUUGCAGCAGCGGCAGCAGAAACAGCAGCAGCCAAGGCCGAGACUGAAGCAGCAGAAGCGACAGCAGCAGAAGCUGAAGCAACAGCGGCAGCUGAGGUGGCGGCAGCCGAGGCGGCGGCAGCUGAGGCGGCGGCAGCUGAGGCGGCGGCAGCUGAGGCGGCGGCAGCUGAGGCGGCGGCAGCCGAGAGAGCUCGUAUCCCAAUCGUUGCUUCAUCGUCUGACGACGAUGACAUGGUGACGGGAACCACGCGGCUAGGCGCGAGCGCUUAUCGCAACACGCAACAUCUCGAAUCGUACAGCUACGACAGCGAUUCGGAGGUGUCGUAUCGGGCGGGCGUCCGGCGGACGUCGCGACCACCGCUGGGACUCCCGGCCAACUUUGACUCGAUGACCGAGGCCGAGCAGAUGAUGCAUGUGGUGGUGCUUGAGACGGUGUGCGAGGUGGCCGAGGUUGACGCGCAGUACAUCAUGGCGGCACAGCUGCAGUCGAUGGCGCUGUCGCAGAUGGAUGCUUGGGGCGCCGGCGGUGGGCGUGGCGGAACGAGCGAGCCGACGGAUACCCGGUACUCGGCGCAUGUGCGGCAGGUCAUCCAUGAGUUUGAUGCCUUUGUGUCGACGACGACUCGGCUGAUGGACCAAAUUGACGCGGCGGCCAAGGCAGCGGCCGAGUCGAAAAAGGCGCGUUAUGUGCGCAAGAAGCAACGGCGGGCGAGGACCAGUUCGGCGGCGCGGACGAUGGUAGCGUCGCCAAAGGCGACAUCGCCGGGGCGGCGCAAAUGAGGCACUGUUCAUUGCUAGGCAACCUACUCGAGGCCGUGGGCUUCAAGUGAGAAGGCCAUGAGUACCGACUCGAUGUCGAGGAAUGCCUGCGGGCCUUGGUAGUAAAAGACCGACUGCAGGA